AUGGACUGUGAAACUCAUAACCUUUAUUUCUAUCAAACAUCAACAUUCGCUUUGCAAUUACCUUUAAUAGCUGUACAAGAGUUGACAGUAAAAAAGAUCAUAUUAAUACUAAAUCUGUUGGAGCAAUUUAAAUUCCGACUCGAUAUUAAGGAUCAACAUGAAGGUCGGACAGUAUUUCUCGAGGCUUGCAGCCGAUUGAUGAAAAGAGAUAAACAAUACGCAGCUGAGUUCCCUACUCUAGUUGAUUGGUUUCUUUAUAGCAUGAAGUUUAAUGUAAAUGAGAGAGAUAAUGAAGGUUGGACUUCGUUACAUUUCAUUAUGGAACUUAAGCACGAGGAAUUCAUCAUUCCCACUUUAAAAAAACUUCUCCAACAUGGUGCCGAUCCAACCAUUGAAGAACGUAACGGCUAUAAUCCUCUUGGAUACGCGGUCUAUAAGCACGAAUUAAGGUUCAUCCGACGUUUGAUGGAAAAUAUACCAGAAUUCCAAAAUGACAAUAUUAUAAAAAGAGCAAUAUCAAAAACUGCCGUGUUCAUUGAACUGUUAGCAGAUGUUAUGAACGUUUGGUCUAUAGAUCCAAAUUGUUCAGAUACAAGUGUUGUUCCACCUAUAGAUACUAAACAAGCAGUGCCAUUUUUUGAGGAGGAUUUUAAGCGUUUUAUAGCUUCAACGAUCGGUGCGCGAGCAUUGUCACAAUCAUUCGUCAUUUGA